AUGACUUGCUGGGAAAGCGUAGGACUUCUGGGCCCAUGCGCGCUCCUCGCCUCGUCUGAUGUCAGGAAAAUGGAAAUCAGUCUUAUCCGAAAGUUCUGCUUGUACAGUGCUAUUGGAAUUAUGGUGUCAAUAGUGCUUCUGACAACUGAGGAAGUGCUGGAGAGGAAUCAGUUUUGGUAUUGUCUGGACACAAUAUGGACCGUGGAAGAAUUGGAACCGUUCGAAGAUAUUAAAUACGAACAUAUGUUUGCAAAACCGCUUUCACGAGAUAUUUACUACGCGAAGCAUCCUGAUAUACCAAGAAGUGAAUCAGAGGACGAGAAUUCUUUGAGCCUUAAUGGAUUUAAAAGUAAACAUAAAGAGUGGAAAGUUAAAAUUUGCUUAAGGAAACACGAAGUACAACGACGUAAUUCAAGCCAAUCCUACUUAAGCUGCAGCGGUUCAAGAUCAAACCGAAGUAGCUCCCUCAAUAAUGAUACGAGAAGAAUUCCAUCUUUGGAGGAAAAUCGAUGCAAGCAGGUUCCACCUUCUAAUAACAAAAUAACUUCUCCAACAGACAAUGACGAGAGAGUACUGAAUUUUCUUAAACGUUUACAAGCAAGUGUACCUCCUCCACCAAUAGAAGAUUUACAACCAUCCAGAGAUAUAAGUUUAAGUUCAAUAGAACCGGCAAAACAAAGUUAUGAUUUUGAUUUACCUGCAUAUGAAGACUUCGAAAAUAAUAAGCUGCAGCAAAUACCAAAAGAAGAAGCCGUAAUAGGAGCAACCUCCACUCUAAAGAAGUCGAAAAAAAAAGUGAAUUUCAAUCUUAACAAAUCUGAAAUUGAAUUCGAAAGUGAUGAAUCUUGGUAUGAUUCUAUAUAUGGUAUAUCUGAUCUGUUAAUGCCGCCCUCCAAUGAUAUUGGUAUUUUGCCGCGAAAUGAUAAGUUCGACAAUCUAGACAUAGACAGUCAGUGCAGUCCAGAUACGAUCCCAUCAUGGUCUGAAAUACUGCAGGCAUGUGAUGUAAACUACAGUGAUGUAACUAGCAAUGCAUCAUCAGGUGCAAUUGAAAAAGUUGUUAGUCAAUCACAUAUGGAUUCAAAAAUAGAAGACUUUGAAGAUGGGGAUGUCAUUGAUGAAGAGGGCUACUACGCAAGGUUUGCAAUAUACAAAAUACAUCAAACUCUCAAACAUCAAGGCGAGCAAAUGUUGGACUCCUCCUCAAUGAAAGAUCUGACUGAAACUGAAGAUCAGUUACUGAAAGAAACACAAAGAGAUUUUCUAUUUUUUGGCACAAUGUACCGUUUAGCUCCUAACUCUAUCGAUGAUCCUCCAGAGAACGAACUGCAGAAAAAUUCAGACCGCGUGCUAUCGGAGCACGAGUUGCGAGUUCAGAGAUCGUUGCAGAAACUCAAUGUGCCAGAAUGGUACAAGAACGCGCCUGCGCCGCGGGAAGGUUUCCUUCUACGCAAGCGAUUGUCUGACGCAUCCGCCUCGGCGGGGCGCUGGAGUGGUCUUAACUCGAAGACCACGUCACUGGGUAGUCUUGGGGGGAAUGUGCAACCACCCCCACCGCAACUUAGCCCGCACACCACGAGCUUUGGACGGUGGUCCACUAGUCGGCUUAAUUCCAAUCAAACAUCACCGUGCUCGUCGACUCGAAGCAGCAUCAGAGGUACCAGUCCCCUUUGUUCACCCUCAGCGCGUUCCUCAUUCAGCGCGCGCCAGCCGUACCUCGGCUGGAGAAGUCAGGAGCGGCUGAACAGCACGCCACGGACUCCACAUGAGAGACUAGCAUCAUCUCUACUUCAGUCAACUCCAAAAUCAGAAGCAUCGGAAGCGUCAAGAGCGUCUGAGGAGAUCCAAACCUCGAUCAAAGAGGUUACUUCAGCCAUCGUGCACUACGUGUCAGGGUUAGAGCCUGCCAAUGGUGACAUCGAUAGACAACCCUCGCCGCGGUCCAGCCAAAAACUUUACUGGCUCGAAAGCUCCUUUGUUGGUACAAAGCCGUUAGAGUCCCCGCAGACGCCGCUGGUGGUGUCGGAGGCGCUGCCGCCGCCGCACCCUCGGCCGCCGUCGUCGCUGCGCCUCGACCACCGCGCGGCGCCCGACUGGCAAGAGUCCCAACGCUCCUUGAACUUAGGUAUCACGCGGCCGUCUCCUGGCUCCACUACUCUUGAGGACGUGCUGGACUCCCUCUUGGGCUUGCCGUCGCAGCCGGCCAGAAUACCCACGCCUCAGCCCAGCCCUAGGAAGGCUACAAGCCCUUAUUAUUUCAUGGGUGGCAAGAGUCCUCGGUACGAACAACUGGCCAGUAGCGGGCACAGCAGCGCGUCCCCCGCCUCAAGGUUCAUCGGCACCCCCAGCGAGGAGCCAAGCUCCAUCACUGACAGCCCUGACCACGACCGACCAGGCAAGAAUACAGUUGAUAAUCCUGCCACGAUGCAAGAGUCGAGACGGCCACGUUCAGCGCAGGGCGAGCACCACAGUCACAAUCGACGUCGGAGUGAGCCCUUCGCCCAAACAAGCGCAUCCCUCGAUCGCCGCACAAGUCUCGACGCCGCAGCACUUCGCCCUGCUGACGUUCAUCUAAAUCAUCAUGAUUCCCGAGUUUCAUUAGUUUCUUUACAAACAGAAAAUAGCACAGACGACGCAUUCGUCAAGUGCAAAUAUCCAAAAUGUCCUUCCCGAGCACCUUUAGCAGAUGCCAAAAGACACUACAAGACUUGCCACAACUGCACCACAAUGUAUUGCUCAAAAGAAUGUAGAAGGGCACAUUGGGAGAAGCACAGAAAAGUUUGUUUACACACUCGAGCGAGCGCCCUGUGUAGACAGAUCAUAUCAGCGGCUAAGGAAGACGCCGAUUCCUUGCAUCUAAUUAGCACUAUAGCGCAUAAGGGGUACCUGGCCCAAGGUAGAGGCGUCGUCAAAGUGUUCUUCACGAGCCCUGAGGCGGCUGAAAAGUUCACCACACACGGCUUCCAACACAUAAGCGAACCGGAGUUCAUGAAAUGGACUUCUCUUCAGCCCAACGAGAUGGGAGUUGAAUUGUACACGGAAGUGGUUAAAUUGUGUAAAGCUUACAACCCAGAGACAAGAAUAAUUUUGUACGUGGCUGUGUGUAUUAUCAGUGAAGUGCCGACAAAAGGUGCUGUCAAAUGGGAACGACAGAUGGUGUCGAGAUGCGCUAAACUACGCCUCAGCAAAACCGUAACUGCUGCAAUACAAGAACAGAACAGGAGACGAUACAGGAGAGACAGUAAAUCAACACCAGAAGAUAGGGAAACUUUAAUUCUCACUUCUAAAUUGAGUAAUGCUGGUGAAAAGAACGCGGCUACGGCGCACAAAUUUAGAGAAAUAUGUUUUCACAAUAUAUCUAACGAGCUUGAAAGUCGAGGAGUGAAUUUGAAGAAGCAUUUUCCAGAAGUAUAUUCGCGGUUAGGGGCGUACGUGGACGGCACGAGUGACAGAUUCAUUCCUAUGACCAUAUACCCCAAAGAUGUGAUGAGUGGGAAGUCAUUUAUGUGCAUAAUCAUGCCAGAUAGUGAGGUGGAAAGCAGUACACCUGUAGACGGUAAAGUAACAACAGUAGAUGUAGGCGUAGACCGCUCCCGACACCAGCUGUCAACUCCCAUGUGA